AGUUUAACUGCCACGUGACGAGAACCGCUUAUAAAUAGAGGUGCGCCAUACGUUCGCCUCUAGGACUGAAGGAAAGAGCGAAGAGUAACAUGGCGUCAACGAGUCGUGGAGAAUCUCUGGCCUUACCCAAAGUUCAGUGUCCCAACCAUCCUGAUGCGUUACUGGUGGAGGACUACAGGGCAGGCGACAUGAUUUGUCCUGAAUGUGGCCUUGUUGUUGGUGACCGUGUCAUCGACGUGGGCUCUGAGUGGAGGACGUUUUCUAAUGAGAAGGCUCUCAAAGAUCCAUCCAGAGUGGGAGACGCUCAGAACCCCCUGCUCAACGGAGGAGACCUGACCACCAUGAUCAGCAGGGGAACGGGCGCGGCCAGCUUCGAUGAGUUCGGCAACUCAAAGUACCAGAACCGGCGGACCAUGAGCAGCUCUGACCGGGCCAUGCUGAACGCCUUCAAAGAGAUCAGCACCAUGGCGGAUCGCAUCAACCUGCCGAGAAACAUCGUAGACAGAACAAACAACCUGUUCAAGCAGGUUUAUGAGCAGAAGAGUCUGAAGGGUCGAGCCAACGAUGCCAUCGCCUCAGCCUGCCUCUACAUCGCCUGCAGACAAGAGGGCGUACCAAGGACAUUUAAAGAGAUCUGCGCCGUCUCCAGGAUCUCAAAGAAGGAGAUCGGCAGAUGCUUCAAGCUGAUCCUGAAGGCUCUGGAGACCAGCGUGGACCUCAUCACCACGGGAGAUUUCAUGUCCCGCUUCUGCUCCAACCUGGGCCUGCCGAAGCAGGUGCAAAUGGCCGCCACCUUCAUCGCCAGGAAAGCCGUGGAGCUGGACCUGGUGCCCGGCAGGAGCCCCAUCUCAGUGGCCGCUGCAGCCAUCUACAUGGCCUCCCAGGCCUCCGCUGAGAAGAAGACCCAGAAAGAAAUCGGCGAUAUCGCUGGCGUUGCCGACGUCACCAUCAGACAGUCCUACCGACUCAUCUAUCCACGCGCAGCAGAACUUUUCCCUCCAGACUUUAAGUUUGACACGCCUGUUGACAAACUGCCUCAACUGUGAACUAGACUCCGCCUACUUAUUGCUGAAGUUUCUCUGCUGUACAUUGUUUUGUUGGUUUAGGGUUUGAAUAUUCUUUGGUUGUGCUCAAAAACAAGCAGCCUUCAGGGAGGCACUGUGACAGGAAUACAGCGGACACACAUUCCAGAGCUUGAAUAAACAGCUUGCAGACUGUACUUGCAGUAUUUCAUUUGACUGUAUAUACUGUACCAUGUAUAUAUGUCCAAGUGGGAAAACGUAAACUUGAUGCUUUGAAACUUUAGGCUCCUUUCAUAUUGUAUACACAAAGCAUUUGUUUUGUAGAAAAUUUUUGCCAGGUUCUAUUUUGUUUGAAUUGUUCCAAGUAAUUUAAAACAAUAAAACAUUUUCAAUUAAUCAGCUCAUGGUUUGAAUUAAAACCUUCACAUGUUGCUGCACACUGCUAGUCAGCUGUCUGUAGGAAGGUAUGAGACUUCACAAAGAUGAAAUCAGCUGUGUGAAAACAUUUUGCAACUUGAUUACUGACCAACUAAUGCGAGCUUUCUUGUUAAAAAAAUUAUUUACAAUCAGCUGGCUGAUUGUAAAUAAUUGAUAUGUAGUUUUUUUCAAUCUUAAAUUUGACUUGCUUUAGAUGGAGCCUACUGUAUUUCAGUAACUCCGUUAAGCCAGGAUCUUUCAGCAGUGAAAUAAAAAUAAGCCAAUAUUACAAAUGUUUAAUCUGUGCAUUCAUGAUAGGUAACAGUGACUGCAAAGAUGCCUUUCUUUAACAUUAUACACCAGGAUGAAUGAGAACAGUUGUGAUUUGGGUAAUUUGUACCAUCCAUUCAGUUUAUAUCUGUUCUGGAAACAACAUGCACAAUCACAUUUAAAAAAAA